AUGAUUAAAUACUUGUUUGUUUUAAUAUUACUUUAUUUGAGUUAGGCCAAGAGAAUCAAGCAAACCUAUCUAAUUAGAUCCCUUAGAGAUUGGCAUUACAUAUCAAAAUUCGGAGCAGAAACGGGAGAGGUAUUCUAUUCGCUAACAUUCCGAUUCAAGAAUGUAGAAGAGAAUGAUGAACGAACAAUUCCAAUAUAAUAUGAAUUAUUUUUAGAUGAAGAAUGGCCUAAUGCGAUAGAGAAGGCCGAGUGCGAUAGAAGCAAUGUGGCGAGAAGAAAGGAGACUAUAUAAGUCCCAGUUAACAGUGAGUUUGAAUUUAAAGGAAGUUUAACGGCUAAAGUCAGAGCUCAUCUAUGGUAUUUUGCAUUUAGUGAUUGUGAAAAAAUAUUAAGAAAUUCAUUUCCAGUUGAAAGCAAAGUUAAGUUAGAUGUGGAAUUGCACAUAACAAAUGUUGGAGGCACUGAAUUUACAUUAGAAUAGUUUGGAAUAUUAUAAAUUAUAGGGAUUAUAGCCUUAAUUGAUGUAAUAAUGUUAAUUUACAACGGGAAUCAAAUAUUAGAAAAAUAAAGAAAGUAUGAGGAAUUUAGUUUGCCAUUAUUUUUAUUGGUGAUCACUUUAUUAUUGGAAACUUUUUCCUAUUGUUUUUUAACUAUUCAUUUAUGGAUCUAUAGUGAGAAUGGGGCUGGAUCAUUAUUAUUAUAGGUGUUGUCUGUUAUUUUCUAGGUGGCAUCACAAUUUUCAUUAACAAUGAUUUUGGUUAUGCUGUCUUGGGGAUGGCAAAUAAACUUUAGUAAAUUUGACAAUUUUGAAUUAUUUAUACCAAUUUCAAUAUUGGUAGGGUUCUUCUAAAUUAUAAUUGUUGGUGUAAGUUUUAUAGAUUAUGAUGCUUAUUAUAAAGAUCAUUAAUAUGAAGGAUGGGUUGGAUGGCUUGCUGCUUUAAUUUACAUAGGAGAAUUCGUUUAUUUUAUGAAUGGUCUAGUUGACACUUACAACAAAUAGAAUACAAAAAUAUAAUAAUUCAUUUUAUUAUUGGGUUUGUACGGUGGAGUGUAUUUCAUCAGUUUCCCAGUUUUGUAGACUGUAAAUUUAUUUACGGCAAGAUAUGUGAGAUAUAAAGUAAUGGAGAUAGGAACUAUGUUGUUUAGAACCUCUGCGAUUUUAUUGCUUACUAGACUGUUUACUUCAAAAAAAUCGAUCUUUGCAUAGAUUUCAAUUGAGAAUAAGAGUUUCUUGGACAGGAAUAAGGAUGAGUGA